AUCUAGCUCUCUUGGUGUAACUCGUAAGUAAAACAUGAGUUACUCUCCUCUCUCAGUUCUCAGGUGUUUUCGGACUCGUCGCUCAUCCAAACAGACCAAACCCAUGAAUAACGCAUCAUCACUCUCGUCGGAUGCAAGAGACAAACAAAUCCUCGACGGUACGGAGGAGGACCGGAUCAGUCAACUCCCAGACGAAUCACUCUCGUCGGAUGCAAGAGACAAACAAAUCCUCGACGGUACGGAGGAAGACCGGAUCAGUCAACUCCCAGACGAAUCACUCUCGUCGGAUGCAAGAGACAAACAAAUCCUCGACGGUACGAAGGAGGACCGGAUCAGUGAACUCCCAGACGAAUUGUUGGUCAUGAUCCUAAAGGAUGUGGCCACAGAAGAUGCUGUCAAGACAAGUGUGUUGUCUCAACGAUGGAAGAACGUAUGGAAAGAUGUUCCGAACCUUGUCUUCGAUAUGGGAAAAGCUACCGUAACCAACAUGGAACAUCCGGUUCUUCGAUCUGCUCGUGUUGCCAAAAAGAUAGCACAGGUUAUAAGCAAUCACAAUGGUCGUCUGGAGGGGUGCAUAAUCAAACAUGAUUUCUACCAAUGUCACAACGAUGUGCUCGAGACUUGGAUUCGACUACUUACUCUUCAGAAACAUACCAAAGCUCUCUCACUUUCAAACCUUCGUGCUCGUCCUAGGGGACUCAAUCUGCUCCAAUUGUCCCCGAACACAUUCUCGCAUCCAAUGCUCGAAGCACUCUUCCUAUGCCACUACGAGUUAAAAACCGCACAUGCCUUCAACCGAUGUCAUAACCUCAUUAUCCUCAAACUGGACCAAAUCUCUGCAAAGUUUGAUGUGUUAAACACAGUUAUUGCAUCGUGCCCCUCUCUCAAGGUGCUAGUGCUUCAUGUCAAGUUAUCCUACAGUAGGGAUUUCUUGAAGAUUCGUAACAAGAACCUUAGGCUCUUGCAUUUGGCAUGCUCUAAUGUUUUUCGUUUUGAAGUCUUUGCACCUCUUCUGGAAAUUUUCUCCUUUGACUACGAUUUUGAUGGGAAUUGUAACUUCGUCAUCCAUGCCCCGAGGCUUUGGUUUAUUCCAAAUUAUGGGUCUCUGAACAUCGGGAGAAGAGAAUCCAUGAUGUAUAACAUAUCAUGUAAAGCUGAGGAGAUAGACAAUCUUGGGGAUAAGUUCUUGGUGAGUAGAGAUGCUAACUUUGUUCAGAAUGUUAAAUAUUUGACGGUGGCUGUGGAUGUAAUGAAUUGGGAACAAGUUGAGAUGUUGCGAAGUGUUUUAGUCGCAAGGAAUGAACUAACGGGAUGGCUCUGUAUAAUAUUCAAGAAUGUUGCAAAGGAAGAAGGUGAAUCUUCGAAUGGUGGAACACAAGUGACAAAGUGGGAGGAAAAAGUGUUUCCUAGUGCUGAUUUCAGCGUGGAAACUGUGUAUAUGGUUAAUUUCAAUGGUUCUAGGAAACAAUUUGCAUUAGCUUCGCGUUUCAUAACGCAAGGGACCGUAAAGAACAAGAUGAUGUUCGAGACGUCUUCGGUUCCAGAAGAGAUGAAGCCAGAAACAGAAGCGGCUGUUGCCAAACUAAUGAAACUUCCAAAAGGUAACGAGGAGCUCGAAAUUGGAUACUAUUGAUGAAAUUUGGUUUGAUGCUAGUCAUGUGUGACAAAAUCAUAUCAUUCUGAUAAAAACAUAAAUAAUGCUGUCUUCUUCACCCCUUCUCUAAAGUUACAUUUUCUGUUGGUUAUUUUUGAAUGGUUUUAAGUUUAAGUGAAAAAACAAAAUACAA